AUGGGUCUAUCAAGCCUUCCUGGUCCAUCAGAAGGAAUGUUAUGUGUCAUAUUAGUGAACACAGCAUUAUCAAUCUCCGUCUUCAAAGGCAUUGUUCGAUCAGUCCUUCACGUAGUAGGAAUCCGUCUCUCCACGCCUUCUUCAGCAGCUGCGUCGGCGGCAGCGUCUUCAGAGAUCUCAACUACAGAGCCUUUUGAUUUCCGAGUCUACCACCCUGAGAGCUUCCUAGAGGAAUUCAGGAACCGGACUCCAACACUCAAGUUCGAGAGCUUGUGCAAGUGCAAGAAACAAGCUGACAACGAGUGCUCGGUUUGCCUGUCGAAGUUCGAAGAGGACUCAGAGAUCAACAAGCUAAAAUGUGGCCACUUGUUUCACAAAACAUGCUUGGAGAAAUGGAUAGACUAUUGGAACAUCACUUGCCCACUGUGUAGGACUCCUCUUGUUGCUGUUGCAGAAGACCAGCAGGUUUCUACUAAUGUUUGGUGA